AGCACUGCGGCGCUGCAAGCACAGCGCGUGGAACCGUAGACCUGUUGAUACAAACAGCGCACCGUCCGCAGCAUGGGCGCCUCUCCUUCUAUUGAGUUCCAGAAAGUGGUUGUGUUUUACAUCAAUGGAAGGAGGUGUGAAGUGGAUAACACAGUACCUGUUGGCACUUCACUGAACACUUACAUAAGAAAUUAUGUCAACCUCAAAGGAACUAAGGCAAUGUGCCAUGAAGGAGGCUGUGGCUCAUGUAUUGUUAUGAUGACAAGAAAACAUCCUGUCAGCCAGAAAGUGGAAUCAUUUGCCAUCAAUUCAUGUUUGAUACCAGUAUUUUCAUGCCACAACUGUAAGAUAACAACAAUUGAAGGAAUUGGUAAUAGAAGAAUUGGGUAUAAUCCAGUUCAGAAGACACUUGCUGCUUUCAAUGGCACACAAUGUGGGUACUGUUCUCCUGGAAUGGUUAUGAACAUGUACAGCCUGUUACAGAGAAGAAAGAACAUUACUAUGGAAGAUAUUGAAAACUCUUUUGGUGGAAAUAUUUGCCGAUGCACUGGAUAUCGCCCAAUACUUGAUGCAUUUAAGUCUCUUUCAUCUGAUGCUCCACCAGACCUCAAAGGCAAAUUUCCAGACAUUGAGAGUCUUCCAAUUAUGGAUGCACAAAGUACCCCGGGGAGGAAGUAUACACGGAGGGACUGUUUACUCCGUGAGUUAAGAAUGCUUGCUCAGUCAGAGCAGGGCAGUGCAGCCAAGUCGUGUCAGCAGCUGGGGGGUGCAGUGGAAAUUUCAGCGAACAGCACCUUGCAGACAGCUGGGGAGGCUAUAAUACCAAAUAUUUGUGGAAGAAGUGGGAAACCAUGUAAUGAAAACUGUGCCAAUGGUAGUGACAAAUGUGAUCAACAGAAAGUGCUCUCAACACUACAUUUGGAAACACAACAUGCAGAGUGGUUUAAAGUUGGACAUAUUGAUGAUAUUUUCCAUGUUCUUGGUACAAAGUCUGAUAAAAAAUAUAUGCUGGUAGCAGGUAACACAGCACAUGGUGUGUAUCGAAGAAAACCUGACAUUGAGAUAUUCAUUGACGUUAGUGAUGUUGUGGAACUCAAGAAAUUUACCAUUGAUUCAGAGAUAACAAUUGGUGGAAAUAUGACUCUAACUGAAAUUAUGGAGCUAUUUUAUGAUGUUUCAAAAUCAGACAAAAAUUUCAGUUACACCAAAAUGCUUGCAGACCACAUAGACUUGGUGGCAAAUGUUUCAGUUAGAAAUGCAGGAACAGUUGCAGGAAAUCUGUCAAUUAAACACAUGUAUCAAGAGUUUCCAUCUGAUAUUUUUCUCAUUCUGGAAGCUGCAGAUGCUAGGAUCAAUAUAGUUGACAGGAAUGGAGCACAACUUACUCUAAGCCCAGCAGAGUAUUUGAAAAUUGACAUGAACCACAAAAUUAUUAAAAACAUAACAUUGCCAUCCUAUGAUGACAGUUACUAUUUCAAGACGUACAAGAUCAUGCCACGAGCACAAAAUUCUCAUGCUUAUGUAAAUGCUGGGUUCCUAUUCAAACUGGACGUGAAUGAUGUGGGAAAAGUUAUAUGCAAACCAAGAAUAGUAUUUGGCGGUAUCCAUUGUGAUCUGAUACAUGCCACAGAGUUAGAGCAGUACCUCGAAGGUGAAAAUAUAUAUGAAUCAAGUACACUUCAGCAGGCUCUCAGAAUUCUGGAUUCUGAAAUACAGCCUGAAAAAAUGCCACCUGAAGCAUCGCCUGAGUACCGUAAAGGUUUGGCAGUAGCAUUAUUCUACAAGUUUGUGCUGAGCAUAUCCCCUGAGAGUUUGAAACCGAACCUGAGAAGUGGGGGUGAAAUGUUAAAGAGACCACUUUCUUCAGGAAAACAGGUAUAUGACACAAAGAAGCAGUUGUGGCCACUAGGAAAACCAGUAUCAAAACUUGAAGCUCUUUUCCAGUGUUCUGGAGAAGCAAUGUAUGUAAACGAUUUGCCAACCAUGCCAGGUGAACUAUAUUGUGCCUUUGUUGUUACAUCUAUCGCAAAUGGUCACAUAAGAGACACAGAUCCCAGUGAUGCUUUGGCUGUGCCUGGAGUGGUAGCAUAUUAUGAUGCAAAAGAUAUUCCAGGAAAGAACAACUUUUACCCAAAAACUUUGACCAGCUUUACUGAUGAGGAGAUAUUUUGUUCUGGAAAUGUAAAGUACAAUGGACAGCCAGUAGGUGUGAUUGUGGCAGAGUCACAUGUGAUUGCAGAUGAAGCUGCCAAAUUGGUGAAAAUAAAUUAUGAUGUUGUAAAUGAACCCAUCAUUCACUUGAGAGAUGCCCUUAAAUCUGGAGAUAAAAGCAGAGUUAUGGUGAUAGGUGAAAUUAAGCCGACUGAUACUGGCAAAAGAAAAAAUGCAAAACAUGUCAUUAAAGGCAGCUUCGACAUUGGCAAACAGUAUCAUUACACAAUGGAAACCCAAUGUGCUGUGUGCAUUCCAACAGAAGACGGUAUGGAUGUUUAUGCUGCAACACAGUGGAUGGAUGAAACACAGAUUGCUAUAUCACAAGCUCUUAAAAUGCCAGAAAACAGGAUAAAUGUUCAGGUAAAAAGACUUGGUGGAGCCUAUGGUGCUAAAGUGUCACGUAACAUGUUGGUCAGUACAGCUUGUGCACUAGCAGCACAUCUUCAGAACAGGCCAGUUCGUUUCAUUCUUCCCCUUGAAAGGAACAUGGAAUCAAUAGGCAAAAGACAUGACUGUGCUAUGGACUAUGAAGUUGGUGUGGAAGAUGAUGGAACCAUAAUGUAUUUGGAAGGAAACACAUACCAUAACAUUGGGGAUUCGCUCAAUGAUCAUCCUGUGCUUUUUACUCUAGCUAACCUGCCAAACUGCUAUGACACAAGUACAUGGAAAGUGACAGCUAGUGUUGUUUUUACAGAUAUACCAUGCAACACCUGGUGUAGAGCUCCAGGUACUACUGAAGGUAUUGCAUUUACUGAAAACAUUAUGGAGCAUAUUGCAAAAGUGCUUGGAAAAGAUGCUAUUGAGGUGAAGUUAAAAAACCUGCCCAAAAAUGAUACAAACAUUGCUGACAUGGUCCCUUACUGGAAGAAUAAAUCUGAUUAUCUUAAUAGAGUAUUGGCAAUUCAAGACUUUAACAAGAAUAACCGCUGGAGAAAAAGAGGAAUUUCAAUUGUCCCUAUGAAAUACAGAUUUGAUUAUUUAGGUAAUUUUCAUGCAAUUGUAUCAGUUUAUGCUCGUGAUGGGACAGUCUCUGUAUCACAUGGAGGAAUUGAAUGUGGACAAGGAAUAAAUACCAAGGUUGCUCAGGUUUGUGCCCAUGCUCUUGGAGUGCCACUAGAGUUUGUGAGUGUAAAGCCUAGCAACAUUUUGACAUCUCCUAACAACAUGGUCACUGGUGGAAGCAUUGCAAGUGAAUCUUGUGUAUAUGCUACACUGCGUGCUUGUGAGGAACUUUCAAGGCGUUUGGCUCCUGUGAAAGAAAAACUCAAAGACCCCUCUUGGCAGGAACUUAUUGCUGCAGCAUUUUUAGCAAAUGUCAAUCUCUGUUCAUCAUUUAUGAUGUAUGCUGGGAUCACAGAUGCCCUAAAACGGUACUACAUUUAUGGAGUAACUGUGGCAGAAGUGGAAGUUGAUAUCCUAACAGGACAGCACCAGAUACUACGUGUAGAUAUACUGGAAGAUGCUGGAGAGAGCCUCAGCCCAGAGAUUGAUGUAGGCCAAGUAGAAGGAGCCUUUGUGAUGGGUCUUGGCUACUGGUUAAAGGAAUUCAUGGUUUAUGAUGAUAAUACUGGGAAGGCAUUGACAAACAGAACCUGGAACUACAAACCUCCUGGAGCCAAAGAUAUCCCUAUUGACUUCAGAAUAGAGCUGAGGAAAAAUGCUCCUAAUCCUGUCGGAGUUCUUCGUUCAAAAGCAACUGGUGAACCACCCUUCUGCAUGAGUAUUAGUGCUUUAUUUGCAAUACGGGAAGCAGUACUGGCAGCUAGACAAGAUUCUGGGUACUCUGCAAAAUGGUUUGACAUGAAUCCUCCUGCUACUCCAGAAAAAGUUUUCCUUACCAGCUUGACAAACCACAACCAGUUUGAACUUUAAAAAUUUGGAGUGUUAAUAAUGUUUUUGUUGUGCAUAUAUACAUCCACAAAUUAACAAUAAUCAGUAACUGAAUAAGCUUUUAAAUACACAAGCUUCCAGUUCAUUAACACAAUAACACUGGAGAGGGAGCAGAGUCUUAGUCUUGCAGUAAGAACACUCCUCUUGAUAAUAUGAGGCAUAUUGAAAAAGUAAGAUCCAUUUGACCAUAAAGAAGUAUAUACUCAUUAUAGGAAGUUUUUGUUGUAGGUUAUAGUACCCAGUAAACCUAAUUCACUUUUACAAAUAAUUGCCAUUCAUUUGCAAGCACUUUUUGUAAUGUGGCACGAAGUUUUUUAACCCUUCUGCAUAGAACUUCUCCAUCUAGGAAUUGAACUAAUUGAAAGUGGUGUUCUCUAGUUCCUCGUUGUCUUCAGGCCUUUCCCACUAAGACAUGUGCAAGAAAUGUUGCUGAUGGCAUGGAGGUAUAGGAAGAAUGGUCAGAAAGUUGCCAAUGGAAAUGUUUCUUUAAACCAUUUAUUUUAGAUGGUACAUGAGCAUUUUGCAUUACACAUCAGCUCUAUCUAACUGGUUUAGUGGAAUAACAUACAAUCGCAAUUGAAACUAGUGUGAGGUAAGAAGCAGUUUUAUGAAUUCUGAGAAUUAUGAGACUUGUAAAAUUUAUAAAAUGUGAGAACAAAGUUUCUAGCAAUAACAUUAGAGGUUAUGCAGCAUUCUUUGCCAGUUGGUCAGCCUUCUCAUUUCCCAUAGUCCCAGCAUAUAUUGUCAUUCAUACAAGUGAGACUACUGUACUAUCUGAUUGUAAUUUGAUAUAGUAGCAACGUUGUGGUAUGGAAAAUAGCAGCUACCUUUAUUUUUACCCAUUGAUGUUAGUAUUUAUUGGUUUAUCAGAAUAAUCUGUAUUAAUAUAUAAGACCAGUAAUUGGCUGAUUUUUUCACUGUUUCUCACAGUAGUCUAGCAGUAAUGAAUUUUGAAUGUGAUUCUGAACCUUGAUUAGUCCUGAAAAUGCCUUUACUAGUGGUCACAUUGAUUUCUGAAUCCUUUAUCGGCUUGUGUGGAAUCUUACUUUAAGACUGUAAAUUUUAUUUACCAGGCUAUUCCCAAAGUAUUAUUGGUAUUUAAGAAUAACUUCCAUUGAGAAGCACUUCUAGGUAUUAAUGAAGGUGUUGCUACCCUUUCAGUUAGUAUUGUGCUCAUCAGAGUGACUCCUGAGGUAUUUUUGCGUAUGACAUAUAGAAGGUAUGAACUGUACAAGGAACAUAAUGUUGUUCUAUGUAGACUUUUUAACUUAUUGCCUUCGGAGGAGGGGUAGAUAUGGUGGGGGUAUUCUGCUGUAAGAAACAGCUCUGGGAAUUUUCUGCAUUUCUAGGAAAUAAUUGUUUUUAUGUCACUGCACAUUUUACAUUGAUAUAUACAUAAAACUGAACAUGCAGCUCCUGCUUGAGACUUUUUAUUGCUAACACUCUGUUUGAUAAACAGUUUAUUUAAAUUAUUAAAAAUCUUUAAAAGUCUUAGGUGUCACUCAAAAAAUUUUGAUUAAAUAUUUUUCUCUGUUCUCCAUGAGUUCAGUCAGUUGUUGCUGUGAUGUGUUUCCUUUUCUACUAUUGUAAUAUCUGUGUUACAUGGAAGGAACAUAUGCACCAGCAAACAAAUCUUAUUUGCACAUCUUCAAACAUUUAGCAAAUUGUAGACAGCUUCUUUCAAUGUAUCACUUUUCCAUAGGAGGAAAUAUAUUUCUCUCUGUUACUGAAAAAGUUUGUUCUUCAGCUCAUUCCAUUUACAAACACUCCUUUUUAUUUUCUUAGGUUUGUUCCAACUAUUACCACCAUUCUUUACGUAAGUUCAAAACUAACUUGUGAUGAGUUACAAUAAUUAUAGUUGUUCCUUUUCAACACAAAAAAUCAAAUUACAGUACCAACUUUGCUCCUACUGGCAGCAACGAUUCUUGAUGCCAUUUUAGUUGAUUUCUCUCACAGCAAAACAAUUAAUGAAUCAAAAUAAUCACUUCUGUGGUUUUAUAAGCAAUCAUUAGUUUGUGCUGCAUUCAUCUAACUUUGUUAGAUGGUUUUUAAAUAUAAGUAAACCAUACUUACUUUUCAAAUAUGCUUCAUAUUAUAAAGAAUGAUUGUGGUGCAGGUGAUGUAAACUGAGCAGAACAAAAUGAUCAUUUCUGAAAAUGACAGAGAAGUAUGUCCAUCUGCACAUUUACAGUUUAUGUUUUAUGGUACCUCUGGAUCAAAAAACAGAUUUGAUGUUAGUAAAAAAAUAUGAAAAUUAGGUGUCUCAGUUAAUGUUAUCUAUUCAGCAUAAUUUAUUCAUAAUUCAAGGUUUUUAUUUUAUUUUUGCAAAAUUUUAAUUAUUCUACACCAAACUAUUAAUUUCUGUUUGGUACUGUAACAUGGCACUUCCAUUCAAAAUAUGAUUUAAAUGUUUAACUAGGAUUUUUAUUUUUCAUUAGAUAUUAGCUGUAUCAAUAUAUUUUAUCAAUAUCUCUCUUACAGUCUACAGUGACAACUGUGUUGAUUUCCCACAAAUAAUUUAAGGAUUUUUAUUGGAAUGUGUAAAAAUAAAAUUUCAUUGUUUCUACUAUACUGCUCAAAAAUAAAUUGUGGUCUUUAAAAA